AUGUCGUCGAAAAGUCCCCAAGAUCUCCUUACAGCACUCCUCAAGACAAUUGAGCGCGACAUUGUCCCAUUGACAAGCGAUGGAGUAUCCUCUGGGAGCAAAGUCUUCGGGGCCGCGAUAUUAUCAUCCAAGACCCUGAAGCCACUCACAGUCUCGACAAACAAUGAACGCGCUUCUCCUCUUCUUCACGGAGAGAUCAACUGCAUCCAGACAUUUUACACGCAGACAUUCCCCGAUCCCAAGGAUCGACCAAGUCCCCGCGAUGAUUGCAUCUUCUUUGCGACACAUGAACCAUGCAGUCUUUGCUUGAGCGGAAUUACCUGGUCUGGUUUCAAAGAGCUAUAUUACCUCUUCACCUAUGAGGAUAGUCGCGAUCAGUUCUCCAUUCCGUAUGACAUUGAGAUUUUGGAAGAGGUAUUUCGGGUUAAAGCGGAUGGAGAGAGCGAUGAGGCAUUGCAGAAGAGACCAUUAUAUAACAAAACGAAUAAGUUCUUUACUGCCAAAAGUAUUGAGAACCUUCUGCUUGAGUUGGGGGACACAGCCGAGCGAGCGCGAUGGAGUGAGGAAGUGGACAGGGUCAAAACACUCUAUCAUGCGUUAGGUAACGAAUACCAGAAGAACAAACAGAAAGGAAUAGAGACCUCAAGUACUUGGAAGUAG